GGGGGCAGUAUAUAGAGGGGGCCGUAUCCAGUGUAGGGGGCAGUAUAUACAGGGGGCAGUUUCCAGUGUACUUUGCAGGGGGCAGUAGGAGAGGAUGGCGGGGAGUAGGACGCUGACCUCGGCUGAUUGGGGCGGCUUUGAGGACAACAUGCAGGGCGGGGCUGGAGCUGCUGUGAUUGACAUGGAGAACAUGGACGACACAUCAGGGUCCAGUUUCGAGGAUAUGGGAGAGAUUCAUCAGAGGAUGAAGGAGGACGAGGUGGAGGUGGAAGGAGAAGCAGACGGUGUCCCGGAGGAGGGCGAGGAGGAUGGAGCAUUCCUGGGCAUGAAGGGCCUGAAGGGACAGCUGGGUCGGCAGGUGGCGGAUGAGAUGUGGCAGGCAGGGAAGAGACAGGCGUCCAAGGCGUUCAACCUCUACGCCAACAUAGACAUCCUGCGGCCAUACUUCGAUGUGGAGCCUGUGCAGGUCCGGAACCGGCUCCUGGAGUCCAUGAUCCCAGUCAGAAUGAUAAACUUCCCCCAGAAGGUCGCGGGGGAGCUGUACGGACCCCUCAUGCUGGUGUUCACCAUGGUGGCCAUUCUCCUGCAUGGAAUGAAGUCAUCAGGAACAGUUAUUGUAGAGGGCACCCUCAUGGGCACUGCCAUUGGCACCUGCUUUGGGUAUUGGUUGGGGAUCUCGUCACUCAUUUACUUUAUUGCUUAUCUGUGUAACGCCCAGAUCACUAUGCUGCAGACCCUGUCCCUGUUGGGGUACGGUCUCUUCGGACAUUGUGUCGUCCUCCUCAUCACCUAUAACAUCCAUUUCCACUCUCUGUUCUACAUCUUCUGGUUGUGUAUUGGGGGCCUGUCCACACUGCGCAUGGUGGCGGUUCUGCUGUCGAGGACGGUGGGUAAGACCCAGAGACUGGUCCUGUGUGGAUCCAUCGCCGCGCUGCACAUGCUCUUCCUGCUCUACCUGCAUUUUGCCUAUCACAAGGUCGUAGAAGGUAUCCUGGACACGUUGGAUGGACAGAACGUGGCUCCGCCUUUUCAGAGAGUGGCUCGUGACCUGUCAGUGGGCACCAAUUCUGUCGCCAACACCACGGUGCACAUCCUGAGCGUCCAGUCCCGCUGAGUGCUGCGUGGCUCCGGUGCUGGAGGAGGAGACUAUCCUUAUGGCACUAUCCGCCUGUUCACACCCGGUCUUACUGUCUACAAGGGUUAAUGGAAGCUGUGCCCAUCCCCCCAAUUGAUUUUCUAUAGUCACCAUGACACCUGGGAACACCCCCGUUUUAUCUGACCCCGCCCACGCGGUGCUUCUGCUGGAUCGGACUCUUGUGCACUGUAGACAGGUGGGGUAGUGCUUAUCUCUAUUCUCUGUCCUGCCCUCCAUGUUGCCCCCUACCUGCUCACGUCUGAUAAUAAUUAGUAAUAAAGGGGGAGGUGCAGGGCAGGCGGUGCCCCCUGGGGGAGGGGUCGUGGGGUCUUAUUGUAUGUGGAGUCUUUGGUCUUGAGUAAAUAAAAUAAUAAGUCAUG